AUGGUCCAACUAUUUGUGCUCUUCAAAAAUGUGACAGAUAGUGGUAUUACUCUUCAAUUCAUUCAUGAGAACAGGAUCAAUGUUCUUCGUGGAGUGACGAAGAUUGUGAAUGAGGUCUGUGCUAGGGCUUUUCGAAGAGUUACUGUCCCUCAAAUGAUUGGCAAAGUCGGUGAGUCUAGCAGUUCUGUCAAAACUGAAGGAGGGAGAGUGAGAGGAACAAUGGUGGGGGGUGGGUCUUAUCACCCAAUUAUAAAUGUGCCAUUUAAUACAAGUGUGGAAGCUAUUCCUCAUGUGGGUCAUGGCGGAACUGUGAAUUUUGGAGAAGGUAUGCCUUCUUCGGAGAAAAUUGGGGUUUCUGGGCAUGUGGUGGGUGUAGGGAAUGUGAAGGGUUAUGAUUUGAGUACAGAGCGCCAGAUUUUGAAUACUGAACUGAGUGAUAUUUUGAGCCGUGUUAACCUAACUGUGACGGAGGAAGAGAGAGAAGUUUCACCAGAUGACAGGAGUGUCUUCUUAACUUUCUCCAAAGGAUACCCAAUAUCUGAAACUGAAGUUAGAGACUUCUUUACCAGAAAAUUUGGAGAUUUUAUUGAAACCAUUUACAUGCAAGACGUCCCAGCUGAUGAGCAAGCACUAUAUGCACGACUUAUAGCCCGUUCGGCGUCGGUCAUUGAAGCUAUCGUCGGCGGUGGAGGUAGAGCAAAGUACACUAUCAAUGGGAAACAUGUCUGGGCCCGGAAAUAUGUGAAGAAGCGCCACCCAAAAUCGCCACCGCGAGUAACAGCAUCACCGCAGUCACAACCAGCUUCGCCGAUGGCAGCGCCGCCACCACCACCCUGA